AUGGCACAUACGAUUGUGUCAUGCAGAGGACGGGCCACCGACGUGCCCACCGAGGAUGGCGUGCCAUCCGUUCCAGCGACGCCUGGGCAGCUGGCAGCAAAGACCGCUCGACGCUUUGAUGGUGCUGCUUCUGCUCCCGACCUCCCGGCCCAGUCCCCUGAGCAACUUAUCGACCAGUACGGCCGCUACUACGACAGCGACGUGGAGACGUCGUAUCACUACAUGGCGGCAUUCAUAAAUCUUGACUCCGGUGAAACAGGGAUAGGCCAGGCGGUGCUCGAUAGCUUGCGCGACGUGCUUGGCGCGAAGCGUGUCAUGGUACUAUGCGGGGAGGUGUUCACGAACCCCGCCUCGCUACGUCUCCUCAUCAAGCAGCAGGCCGUCAUCUAUCACUCCCCUGGCCGGUCGCCGCGUCAGCGGCGCGGCACCGUCGUUGCGGCCGGCGGCGACGGCACCGUGUCAUUCAUCAUGACGCAGCUGGACCUCGUGCGCCGCGAGCUCGAGGCCGAGUUUCAGCCCUUCCUCAUCUCAUCUCAGCAGCAGGUGCAACUAAACUCUGAUAACUCUGUCUUCUCCACGUCUAGCGUGUGCGACGUGACGCUGCAUCCGUACUUCACGAUGCCUGCCCUCGCCCCGCUCCCACUGGGUACCGGCAACGAUUACAGCAACUGUGUGGGCUUCGGUUGUGGCUUUUCACCCAUCGCGAAGGGCUGGUGCGGACUGGGGGCCCUGUGCAAAUGCAGCGGCGACGCCGACGCACAGGUGGCCGUGGCCUUGAGUGAUGCGGCGAAGGCCCCGUGCGUGAGCUUCGACCGGUGGGAGGCCUCGCUGGUACCGCUGCGAGUGGCGCAAGCAGCGGUGUUGUCCGAGUCAUCGCAGGCAGCGGCUGAGGCGGCACAGAGGGGUGCACCCUCUGCGCUGGCCCUUCACUCGCCGCUGUGGAACCGCUCAGCCCGGCCGAGAAGCGUGGCAGAUGCAGUGUGUAACGUAGACUGGGCCAAAGUGCACGCGAGCGGUCAGUGCGUCACGCACGGACUCAUCAACUACCUCAGCGUGGGCUUCGACGCCUACGUGGUGAAGAAAUUCGACUCCGCCCGCCGCGCUCACCCAGCGGUGUGCAGCACUCGCGCACAGAACAAAGCCGUGUACGGUGUGAUGGGGAUCAGAGGCGCACUCAAGUGCAAAAAGCUGUGCAACAUCAUACCGAUGGUCUGCGUGCCGCGUCCGAAGCUGAGCAGGGUUGGCGGUGGCGCCGUUGCGACGAGUCGCAUGAGUAGCACACGCGACUUUGUGGCGUUGCAGCUUCCCUCCAUGACCAAGGCAUUGGUGCUAACCAACGUGAACUGCUACUCUGCCGGCACUCACCCGUGGAACCCGCAGAGCGGAGAACUGUACUACCGCCCCGUCACGAUCCGCAACGGCAAGGUCAGGCCGUCAGUCAGGACCACCACCAGCGGCGCCGCCGGUGCAACCCUUCCAAUACCGACCCCUCGGCCGGUGACCAUCAACGACGGCGCCUUCGAGCUGCAGGCGAUGGGCGGUGUGCUGCACUAUACCUCUCUCGGCAUUGGGCUCAGCAACUCCACCAAACUUGUUCAGACGGACGAGAUGUUCGUCUUUGUCCUCUGCACUCCGAAUGAUCUGCACUUCCCGAGUGGCCAGUGCUCUACCUACACGAAGCUGUACAUGAAAGACAAGUACGAGUCACGCAUCGAGUCGGACGGCGGCGUGCGGGCCAGCUUGAACGUGCAGAUCGACGGCGAGCCAAUGCCACGUAUCGCGGAGUCGACCAUUAUUCACGUACGACGGCAGCCAGGGGCGCGCGUACUUAUCCGCUGCCGCAGUCCCAGCGUCGUUCAGUGA